ACCGGAGACUUUUCUAUUGACUUGUUAUUUUGGACCACAGAAUUCACUUCCAAAAACCUGAGUACCGCAAAAUCGGCUUACUACAAGUUAAAACCAUGCACAUUUUUCUAAUAUCUCUCAUUGUACCCUAACCAUAUACAAAUUUAGACCAGUCUAAGGAAACCCGGUUACUCAACAACCUUGACCUCAAAUCGAAAUUUCAUCAGUAAACGCUCGUGAUUUAAAUGCUCUUAAAUUCCUCACUUUGUUUAUUUACAGCCAUGCCAAUAACAACAAUAACAAAUCCGAAGCACUGCACUUCAGCUCUGAAUUUGCAUCAAAUUUACAUAACGGCAAAAUUCCUGAAGAAGAAUAAAUCAACAAAAAUCUUGUACGACCUACACUGUGAGCGAUGCAUUUGAAAACAUUGCAAAAAGAUUUGAGACCGUGAAAUUUAUGUGCAACACGCUGCCACAGCUGCCACAUAAAUUCCCACCCAACGAGAGGCAAGUGCAAAGAAAACAAAAAGCGUACGAAAAAGAAAUAAACGCUAAUGACUGGCGCUUUGCCAGCCAACUUAGAGCUCAAAGCAUAACAACAAAGCAAACAAUAACAAAAACAACAAUAACAACUGUCAUAAAAACCAACAAAGAACGCUUAGAUUUAAUCUCAAAGGCGCUGGGGCAGCAAGCGAAGAUCAUUUGUCCCUCGGUCAGCGUUCAAUAAAAAACCAAUAAAUUCUGUAGCAAACGUUGAAGCAAGCAACAACACCAAGUUGGACAAAAAAGUAAGUGAAUUCGGUUGAAAUUGUAUUAAACUGCGCUUAGCUGCUUCGGCGCGCGCUGGUUGUUAACAAGCUUAUGUUUGCAUAGCAGCCAGCGAGUCAAGCGACAAGCGGAAAAAAUCCACAAAACGGUAGCACAAAGAGCUGGAAAUUAAUUAACCGUCUAUAAGUAGCGCAUGCGCCAACCAACACAACAACAACAAUAACGCCAUAAAAUAAACAAUGCUCCAGCCGCUUCAGUCGUUAAGCAGCCGCUAAGCGUCUUCGAAGAUACAGCUGCCGCGAUAAGCCGAUGCAGUUACACUAUCGCAUCUGCACACGAGCUAAUCUACAAGAAAAUUCUUGCAAUUUGUGCCUCUUAGGCGCGCUUGUUGUUGUUCUUAUUAGCACAACAAUUUAUGUACACUUGUUAGCCUAGCUUUUGAACAGGAAGCGCAAAUGCUUCUGCCGAAGUAACAUCGACACCUCCCACUCCACCUGCUGGGCAGCGCUACCCGCCAGCUCAUUGUCCGGCCUGACCUGCGCGCUUGCUUUGGCAGAUAGCGCGCUUGUGGCAGCUCAGGGCACAUGAGCCGCCCGCUGUCUAAGCUACAGCUCAUGCUUAGGGCGGGAAAACAUGCUCAGCUCAUAGGCAUAAAUAAGCUGCGCCGCUAAAGUGAACAUGAAGCGCCCCCGUUGACCCGGCGCUAGGUUCUAGUGCGCGCUCAAAUGACUUUCCACUGAACUCGCACGCGUAGGUGUUUCUAUAAAUACAAAGCGUUUAAGUGGCUGGAAAUUAGUUGCAGCGCGGCCUUAAAGGGAUUACCUGUGUGCUGAGCCUCCACACACGCCAAUAAAUACAAAUCUCCAGCCUCUUAUCGGCAAAAUCGCAGUUGUUUACGUGCAAAGUGCCGCGAAAGCGUCGGAGAAAAUUCUCACAACAAAUAAAAUUUGCUGGAAAGCCGGGAAUAUAUUCGCAUUCGCGACAAUGUUCCAGAAAUCGAAAGUUGUUUCGACUCAUUACAAGCGCUGAUCGCAGAUGGGAAGUUAAUUGUCACAUUGUGUUUGGAGUUGACAAUCAAAAUAUAUUUAGCAGUGUACGGUAAUUUUUUACAAAUACAACAAGUGUAUGGAAAAAUAGUUCCGGUGUGGUGACAAACGUUUUAUUUCCAAUGGAUAAGUCGAAUUUCCGGCUCUUAGCCGGUUUAGUAUUAUCGCUUAGCUUGUCGCAGCACACUUGUCGCUGUCAGCAGAACUCACUCUUCAAUCAAUCACCGUUUCAGCGACAACAGCAGACGCAAUUGCGGCAACAAUUACAGCAACAGCAACAACAACAAAGACAGCAACAACAAGGCUUUCCGAAUGCACUAAACACGCUACAGCCGCUUGGCACGACUUUGGGCGCAAUUCCGCCGAUCUCACCGCUCGCCAGCUUAGUGCCGCAGAAUUCCUUUCGCAUCUACAAUCGUCUGGAUCAACCGAACUAUGUGCCGAUCACCGCCUAUCAGAACGAACUCAACUACGACGGCAGCUUUUCCUAUGGCUACGCCUCCGCAGAUGGCACUACCGCGCAAGCGCAGGGCUACGUAAAGAAUCUGGGCUUAGGCGAAGAUGUCGAGGCGCAGGUGGUGCAAGGUUCAUACUCGUACACCUCACCGGAGGGCACACCCAUCACCGUACGCUACAUCGCCGAUGAAAAUGGUUUUCGUGCUGAGGGAGCCCACAUUCCAACGCCUCCUCCCAUACCCGAUGCAAUAGCCAAAUCACUGCAAUACAUCGCGAGCGUGCAACCCUACCAGCAAGCAGGCAACCCCAAUUUGAACCCUUAUCAAACACCCUUUCGACAAUUCGCCGGCGGUCAGCAGCUAAGACCGGGCCAACAACAACAAUUGACACCAUUUCAACUACAACAACAGCGUGCAUACCAGCAACAACUAGCCGGUCAAUUGCAGCCUCCCUUCGCGCAGUUCUCAGGCGCUCAACAGCAGCCACAAGCGAAUGCUUUCUUCGGCGGUGGCAUCGGCGCUGGCUUGGGGGGCGCUGGUUUGGCAGGUGCAGGACAGUUUCCCGGCCAGUUCGGCGAUCUGAGUGGUCAAAACUUCACGCAGCAGCCGCAGAAUAUACAACAUGAACAGCAACAGCAAGCCUUGCAGCAGCAGCAGCAACAGAAACAUCAACAACAACAGCAACAGCAGCAGCAGCAACAACAACAGCAGCAAUUGGCGACACAAGAGUUGCGCUCACGACCCAAUCAGCUGGUGAACCCUUUCGGCUACAAUCAAUAUCGCCGCUACAAAAAAGCCGCACAGACGAAGAAUUAGGCAACCAUACCAACAACUACUUACUCAUAUGGAAACAGUUACUUACGGGUUCUGUAUUAGAUAUAUUAGAUUGCAUAUUUUUUAUUCGUUUGCUGCUUAAUUUAUUUCGCUAAGCGUUUUAGCUUUAAUUCAGAUAAAGUUUUUUGUGUGUUGUUUUUAAUUAA